AUGUACAAAAUGUCUUCUUUUAAUUCAUUUCCAAUGUCAUAUCUAGCAGAAAUCAUGGAGAAGAGAAAUACAACCUCAGACUUUAUUCUCCUAGGAAUCUUUAAGCACACAAGAUCCCAUCUCUUUCUAUUUAUGAUGGUUCUGACAAUGGCCAUUGCUUCCUCGAUGGCCAAUGCCCUCAUGCUUCUCCUGAUUCUCCUGGACCCCCAACUCCACAGGCCCAUGUACUUCCUACUGAGCCAACUAUCUCUCAUGGACAUGAUGCUGGUUUCCUCCAUCGUGCCCAAAAUGGCUGCUGACUACUUAACAUGGAACAAAUCCAUCUCUCCUGCUGGCUGUGGGUUGCAGAUUUUCGUCUCACUCACGCUUGGUGGUGGAGAGAGUUUCCUCCUAGCCGCCAUGUCCUAUGACCGUUAUGUAGCUGUUUGCCACCCAUUGAGAUACCCUGUACUCCUGAACUGGCGAUUAUGUUUUCAAAUGACUUUGGGCUCUUGGUUCCUGGGGGCAGCUGAUGGGCUCAUGCAAGCGGCCACUACACUGAGCUUCCCAUUUUGCAGUGCUCAUGAGAUCGAUCAUUUCUUCUGUGAGGCCCCCAUGUUGGUGCGUUUGGCUUGUGCUGAUACAUCAGUCUUUGAAAAUGUCAUGUACGUUUGCUGUGUGUUAAUGCUCCUAAUUCCCUUUUCCCUCAUUCUGACUUCCUAUAGUCUCAUUCUCUCUGCCAUUCUCCAUAUGCGUUCUCAAGAAGCCCUCAAGAAGGCUUUUGCCACCUGUUCCUCCCAUUUAGCUGUAGUGGCACUCUUUUAUGGACCUGCCAUUUUUAUCUACAUGAGACCCAAAUCCUAUAGGUCAGCUAACCAUGAUAAGGUUGUGUCAGCAUUCUAUACUAUCUUUACUCCUGUGCUGAACCCCCUCAUCUACAGUUUGAGGAACAGUGAGGUCAGAGAAGCCUUGAAAAAGUGGCUGGGAAAAUGUGCAGACUUCAAAUACCAGCAAACUUAG